AGGAAUAGGAAUGUUAAACGCACAUGUGAUUACAUAAAACAAAAAAGCAAAAGAAAAUCCCUGACCGACCGUCCCCACUAACCAACCCAACCCAAAUAAAAACAGAGUCUCGAAAACAGAGCAUCCAUCAAACCAACAAUCAAUACGCAACCAAGGCUCACUCAAUUCCAUUGCGUCUCGGGAUCCUUCGAAAAUCCAGCCAGCCAAUCCACCCCUCAUCGGGGGAAGGAUUGAAUCUCCAAGAAUCUAUCUUCAAUUCAACAUUUUGCUAGAUCUCUCUUCUUAUUCAUACGCUGGCAGUUUUUCUUGAUUCUGUGACCAAAUCUUGUUGAUUUCCCACAACAAAACCCCGAUUCUGGCUCUUUGAUUCAUGGGUUUUGUUGCUGAGUCGAAUCAGGGGGCUAAUGGGGGUGCUAAAUUGGGGUUCAAGAGUUUGGUGAGGAGAAAAAGGGUUGAUUCUAUUCAUUCUAGAUCCUCUGAUUCAGGGCAUCAUCAAUUGGCUAAAGAAUUAUCCAUUUUACAUCUCAUUGCCAUAGGUGUCGGUUCAACAAUCGGAGCUGGUGUUUACAUUCUCGUGGGUACGGUUGCGCGAGAGCAUUCGGGUCCCGCUCUAGCCUUUUCUUUCCUAAUCGCUGGAAUAGCAGCUGCUCUAUCCGCCUUUUGUUAUGCUGAGUUGGCGAGUCGUUGCCCUUCGGCUGGAAGUGCGUAUCAUUAUUCUUACAUCUGUGUCGGAGAAGGUCUUGCUUGGAUAAUCGGUUGGGCUUUGAUUUUGGAAUAUACAAUCGGCGGAUCUGCAGUCGCGCGUGGUAUUUCUCCUAAUCUGGCAUUGCUUUUUGGGGGCCCGGAUAGUCUUCCGUCUUUUCUGGCCCGAUAUACUGUUCCUGCACUUGGUAUCGUGGUCGACCCGUGUGCAGCCAUUUUGGUGUUUGUUGUUACCGCGCUAUUAUGUGUGGGAAUCAAGGAGAGCACUUUUGUGCAAUCGGUUGUGACAAUCGCAAACAUUUUCGCCAUGAUUUUUGUGAUUUUAGCCGGUGGAUAUCUAGGAUUCAAGAGCGGAUGGACUGGCUAUAAACUUUCUUCAGGAUACUUCCCGUAUGGAGUAGACGGGAUGCUUGCAGGCGCUUCUACAGUCUUCUUUUCAUACAUAGGGUUUGAUUCAGUUGCCAGUACAGCAGAAGAGGUGAAAAAUCCUCAAAGGGAUUUACCUCUUGGAAUUGGGGCGGCAUUAUCUAUUUGCUGCAUGUUAUACAUGUUAGUCUCCGCGGUUAUUGUUGGUUUAGUACCUUAUUACGCAAUGGAUCCCGACACCCCUAUUUCUUCUGCAUUUGCUAGCCAUGGUAUUCAAUGGGCCGCGUAUAUUAUAACUAUAGGUGCGGUAACCGCUCUCUGCUCGACAUUGAUGGGUUCACUUUUGCCUCAGCCACGGAUCUUGAUGGCUAUGGCUCGAGACGGUUUGCUCCCGUCGUUUUUUUCAGAAGUAAAUCCACGCACCCAAGUUCCCGUCAAGAGCACAAUUCUGACCGGUUUGAUUGCCGCCACCCUGGCAUUUUCCAUGGAUGUCGAGCAGUUGGCAGGGAUGGUUAGUGUAGGUACACUUCUUGCAUUCACAAUGGUGGCGAUUUCGGUUCUGAUACUUCGAUACGUCCCACCAGACGAGGUCCCACUUCCGCCCUCGUUUCAAGAGGCCAUAGAUUCAGUUUCUUUGCGCUAUAGCAAUAUUAUUAGUACUCACGAAACCGACGUUGAGGUCAGCACGGGUCAAAGCGGUGUUUCCGGGGAGAAAAAUACACCAAAAGGAGAGAUUUCGGCGAACUAUCCUCUAAUUGCGAAAGUAGCAGCUCAAGCUAUAUUUAGUGAAAAGAAGAGAAGAAAAAUUGCAGGGUGGAUGAUAAUGCUUAAUUGUGUUGGAGCGUUGAUUCUUACGUAUUCGGCCUCGAAUAUUGGUCUUCCUAGUUAUUUUCGGUUGACUUUAUGUGGAAUUGGUGGACUUCUGUUAUUAUUCAGUCUAGCCGUGCUCACUUCUAUAGAGCAGGAUGAUGCCAGACACAACUUUGGGCACACAGGCGGUUUCAUAUGCCCGUGGGUUCCUCUCCUGCCUAUCCUUUCUAUUCUCAUCAAUACGUAUUUGCUGCUAAAUCUUGGGGCGGAUACAUGGAUGCGAGUAUCGGUAUGGCUGGUGAUUGGAGUAUUUGUAUAUGUAUUCUACGGGCGGACCCACAGUUCGUUGCAACAUGCAGUUUAUGUGCCUGCAUCACAUGUAGAUGAAAUAUAUCAAAGCAGUGCAGAAUCAUUGCCUUCUGAAUAGACCAUGAAAUGGGACAAGAAACAAGAUUAAACUUAGAUCGUUUGUCAUCCGGUGCCUUGAGCUUUAAGCUACUUGUGUUAUAUGUUAACAACCAAGGAAUAUGUCCAUUUUAUGUAAAUAUAUAUACACACAUAUGUACGUAUUGAUUAUUAUUAGGGUUGGUUGGAAUUCCUAAUCAGGAGUUCCAGAUUAUAAUUGUAUUAUUUUGCUUCCCAAUAUCUCCUCUUUGUAUGUUA